CGUGUUAAAAAGGUGGUAAAAGUCGCAACUAAAGUUAAUAAGCAACCCAUACCACGAGUCCGUACAGCGCACCCUCGCCCUCAACAAAUCACGAUGCGCGCGCCGCCGCGCAGCGCGCUGCGCACCCCGCCAUUUUACUACACCACCGUAUUUCACCAACACCGACUCGAAAAACAUCAUGAAAACUUAACUCAGACCAGCAGAACAGUGAAGCAGGAUGAAUUUCGCUCCGUUCACCGGGCACAUCCCGACGGCGGCGGCCAUCCCCACCAUCCAGCACUUUGCCGCUAAGUUCGGGUACGAGGGCACCAGCACCGUGCAGGAGAGAUACCAGGGAAAUGUCCAGUUCGUGACGCCGGCAGUCGAUGUCAAGUUCAGGCAGGCGGAGAUGGUGGUCCCCGCGGUGGACGUGAAGUUCAGACAGGCGGAGAUGGUGGUGGUGAGCAGCGCGCCUGCUGGCGCCGUCACCUUGGCGGGGUUAGCGCCCAUACACACUGUGAACAGCGGAGUGAAGUACCAAGCGAUAUCAUCAUCCACCGUGAACUUAGGCAACGUGGCGUACGGACAGACGUACACCUUGCAGGAGCCUAAGGAUAAACGGGAGUACCGCGAGGAAGACAUAAUGGCUACUAUGAUGCAGCAACAGGAUACCAUCACAGUGACGGGAACGCCGCUGCAGCAGGGCUCGCAGCAGCUGCUGGUGUUGCUGCACGAGCCCAAGGAGGCGCGCGCCAUCAAGCAGGAGGCGCGCCAGGCCGUGCCCGCCGAGUUCAUCAGUAUCGGCGACAUGUCCGACGCGACGUGGCAGUCUAUCGGCGGCGGCGUCGCCGACUAUUUAUCGGCGUUGCCGCUACCGCUGCACCACUUGCUCAAGUACUCGGACAAGCGCGAGGAGCCAGUGCUGGUGCAAGUGCCUAGCGCGCCAGUAUUAGCACAGCAGGUCAGUACACUAAUCCCAAGUCCCGCAGUGAACACGGUGGUGGUGCAGACGGCGCCCGCGACGCCGCCGCCGCCCAAGAAGAAGAAAAAGAAGAAAGCUACUAAAGAGAAGAAACCCCGGCCUAAACCCGGAGAGAUUCGCCUCACUACCGCGCUGGAUGGCAGCACUCUAUACUGCUGCCCGGAGUGCCACAUGGCGUACCCGGAGCGAGGGCUGCUGGAGCAACACCUGGUUGGACACACCAUGGAGAGGAGGUUUAUUUGUGACAUCUGCAACGCAGCCCUUAAACGCAAGGACCACUUGACCCGCCACAAGCAGAGCCACAACCCGGAGCGGCCGCACGUCUGCUCCGUGUGCCUCAAGGCCUUCAAGCGGCGCGAGCAACUCACACUACACUUCGUCAUACACUCGGGCGAGAAGAGACACGUGUGCAACGAGUGCGGCAAGGGUUUCUACCGCAAGGACCACCUGCGCAAGCACACGCGCUCGCACAUCGCGCGGCGCGUGAAGGCGGAGCUGUGCGCGCGCGCCUCCUCGCCCCCCUCCCCUCCCCUCGCGGCCGCGCCCCGCCCCGCCCCCCUCCCCACGCCCGCCCCCGCCCCCGCCCCCUCCUGACGCGACGACAAGGGCGACCUCAUCACGCUCAUACAGGCCGCCAAGGAUGUCUUCUGACUCGAUGAGCUAGGUGUCAAGUAUAUUGA